AUGACACAGCCGGGUCCCAGCCGUGUCGCAACCCGCUGGGCGGUUCGCAUCAUCCCAUGCUUCAUCGUCGCUGCCUUUGCGUUUGCUAAAUACGCCGUCAUCGCUCACCUCUGUGUCGACUAUCUGUAUCGCCAGCACCACGAGCGCGGUCUCGCCAUUGCUUUGAUUGUCCUGUACUUUGUCUUCUUCCUCCUCGCCCUUGCCGCCUACGCGAGAACAGUAUACACGACACAGACCGACCCGGGCCUUGUCCCAUGGUCCGAGCGACGCCAGCGAGUGCACAAUGAACGCAAGGCCCUCCCUCACAAGGAGAGGGAAGACCUCGAAUCGCAGUCAUGGUCUACCCCCGAUCUGAGCCCCGAUAGCCCCGGCCUCGAGUCCUUCUAUACCAAGACCAUGUACAUCUGUGAACCGGACGGCCGCCCCAGGUGGUGCUCCCUCUGUUGGAGCUGGAAGCCUGAUCGUUCACACCAUUCGAGCGAGCUGGGCCGUUGUGUUCGCAAGAUGGAUCAUCUCUGCCCCUGGGUGGGGGGAAUGGUCUCCGAGACUUCUUUCAAUUUCUUCGCCCAAUUCACCUACUGGGUCUCCAUGUAUCUAGCGGUCUGCGUUGCGACCGCUGGAUACUGUCUGCACAAGCAAAUACAGGCCUCGGACCCGCUGGAUUGGCGUGUAGUCGUCAUUCUUGCGCUCUCCGGGCUGUUCGGUCUUUUCGCCUUUGGCAUGUCCAUGACAUCCACGCGCUACAUUGUGGAGAAUAUUACGAAUAUCGAUGUAUUUAAGAGGCGGGCGGUGCAUUACAUUGCCAUCCGCGUCCCUCGUGGGACUCCGUCGACAGCCAGCUACCAAACAGUCACCUUCCCGCUACCUGGUCCUCCCGGCACAGAGCCACACUCUCCGGCGAAUGGAUUCACGCCAUCGAGUCGAGACCGGCAGGCCGUACGGACAUUCGCGAUCGUUAAGACAGAGCCCGGGGAGAACCCAUUCGAUCUGGGCUACUGGCGCAACUUCAAGGCAGUCAUGGGAAACAACAUCUUCGAAUGGCUUCUGCCCAUCAAGCAUUCCCCCUGCUGCAAUCACGAUAACCCGGAGAGCUUCUACGAGUUUGGGUCGCUCAUCGAGGAGCUCAAGGAGCGCCAUGGGCUGCCACAAGGUCAUCGACGGCGCCACUCUCGAGCCGAUGAGGUAGAGAUGGUCGAGAGAAGGCCCUCUCGAGAUUAA